AAGAAUGAAAAGCAUUAUCCCAAUGUCACAAAAAACCAUCAUUGAAUACUUAGUGCAACAACCCAAACGCUACCCACGCAACAUGUCCAUAAUGCCGGACCCAAAAUAAAUGUCAUAAUUAUAAAAUCCUUAUAGCACUAAUGAGCUGUGGCGAUCCUGGAAAACCCCUGAAUGGCUAUCGCACGGGCAAUGAGUUCUGGGCUGGAAAUAUGAUAUUUUAUAGUUGUGAUCCUGGUUAUUACUUGGUGGGACCAUCCAACCGACUUUGUCUGGAAAAUGGUGCAUGGAGCAACUCCAUUCCAUCAUGUCUCCAUCUUUGUCCCGAGAUUGUUCCUCCUAAGAACGGAUACAUUGUAGGUCAUUUCCUGGCCAACAACACUCUCACUUUCAAUUGUAAUCCUGGUUACUGGUUCAAUGGAAAACGCCAAAUGCUAUGUGAUCCCAACACAGGAAGAUGGAGAGGUUGGGAUGGAACUAUUACUAUUGAAAACCCUCAGUGUAAAAAUGUUGACGAGUGCUCGACGGGCCAUAAUACCUGUAAUGCUAAUGCACAAUGCACCGACACAAUUGGAUCAUAUACUUGUCGGUGUAACCCAGGCUUUCAAGGAGAUGGACAGACAUGCUCAAUGCAGGGACAUUACCAAGAUUCACAAGGUUGGACGCUUAUUGCUCGAUUCUCAAAUAACGAUGAUGGGAACUGGAUGGGAGACGAUGCUUCCUGGUGGUACACUCAUACAACUCCACAAGGAGACGUUACGAGCCCAGGCGUAAACCAGGACAUGAUCUCCGCCGCCUUCUGGUUUUUAAAGGGGAACAACAUUAAGAUCACUCGCUCAGAUGAUCCUCACCACACGGCCUUGCUGCAGACUACUUCAAACUGUUUUUCCACACAGACCUUCCGUUCAAUGAUCUCAAGCUAUGGCAUGUUUACGCAUAAAACAGCAUGGGCAAGCGAUCUGUGUCUUGGCAGUUGUCGAGUGUCAUACGGGGGAAACUAUCAGACGACAAAUGGUUUUUCGCAAAGCCAGUGUGGUAGCAAUAUACAGAGCAGUAAUUACAUUGGAUUCUGGUGUGAUUGGGAUAACGGUGAUGGUGCAGUGAUGAUGAUUGGUGGAGGAGGUUCUGCGUGUAAACGAGCUGAUCACGGCAUUGCAAUAACAGAAGCUAACGAGGCUGCAUUUUCAGAUUCUAGCCAAGGCGAAUGUGAUUUCGGCAAUGAUGCUCAAGGCAAAGUUUGCACUUCGACUUAUUCUCUUAAUUUGUGGAUUAAGUGAAAACUCGACUAACUUCCUAAACGAAAGAGAAACGUUUACUUAAUAGAACUGCAUGCCAUUGACUUAUUUCAUAUUGUGCCAAUUUUUGAUUAUAGAAAAUGAGCCUCGAUCAUCUAGAAUGAA